AUGAUCACCGAUCUGAUACUGCGGAAGGUUUGGGAAACUAGCGUUACGAUCUCUAUUGGUGAACUGCUUGGUGCUGCGCCUCGUAUUCGAGCAGGAGUCGGAAAGGAUAUUAGCACUGAUGCCAUAAGUCAGAAGCUCACCGAGGUCAUUAACCAGGUGCCCAUCAAUGCCGCUGUCGCGGAGAUCUCUCAAUGCGUCGAUGCCCAAGUCCAGGAUGUCCAGAAAACAGCUCUCUCUCAUUUUAUGUCGUUCGGACCUGAUCAUAGCGUUUCGAUUCCACAGGCUGCUAGUUCUUCGGUCAGCUUCCAAGCUGCGCAAGUUACCGAUGCUCCUAUGAAGUCUCGCCAGGAAUACACGCGAGGUUUCAUGUAUGCAACAACAGUUAUUGGUGACCAGAUUGUCAAAGCCUUGAUCGAUACAGGAAGCGCAGUCAAUAUUAUUCAUCGCAAGGUGAUCAAGCGCAUGAAUGUUCUACCAGAUAUGAGACUCAAACCACAUCUUCAACUUACCCCAGUGGACGGAGGUCGUGGAAUCAGCGUUUCAGCAUGUCUUGAGCACCUACCAAUUACUAUCAGCGGUGUCACGGUUAAUUCUCAUACAAUGGUGACAGACCAUACCACUAAUGAUUUGCUUCUCGGUCGAUUGUGGGCGAAAAAUGCGGGGUUGCGAACUGAGGAAAUGGCAGACGGCCGCGUUAUGUGCACCAUUUUUGACGAAAGCCGCACGCAGCAAGCUUCGUUUGUUGCAUAUCGUCCUAGUGACAGCGGGUCUAUCUUCGAAAACCAGCUGUGGCCUCAGGAUUUCUCUUCUUUAAACGACGAGCAGGGAAAACCAUCUCCCCGUUAUGCCCAACCUUUGUGCGUCGCUCGCGACCAAAUGGUUGAGCAGGAAUAUCGCACAGCCUUCUCUCUCGACGAUAUGUCUGAUAUACAAUUGCCAUGGAAUAAUCGUCCUGAUUACCAGUUUUAUCACCAAGCGCAAGUCAAUACGCUCUACAAAAGAAAAGCAGAUAAGGUUCAACCCGUGAACUCGACUGAUUCUGAUGGAACGAUCCCGGUUGGUCAUCCUGAUUGGCAGCAUGAAUGUCUCAAGAAAUACCAUACACAGUACCGCGCAUCGGAUAUUCGAACAGAAUUCGAUCAUUUGCUGAAGCCUCGUAUCUCUGUAAUUGCAAGGGGAGCUCGCCUUACCCCUGAACGAGAAAUAACCCUGUUGGUGGGAAAGGAAUUGCUACCGCGUGAAAGAGCACUUUUUCGAGAACUCCUGUUCAAAAGAGAAGGGGUACUAGCCUGGGAAUGGGAGCAUGUUCAGAGAAUACGCAAUGAAGUAAUGCCUCCGCAACGCAUUAAGACUGUUCCUCAUGAAGCGUGGCAACACCCAGGAUUCAAGAUUCCUCAUGCCCUGAAUACCACGGUUAUCAAAAUGCUGCGUGAUCGACUACGAAAAGGUGUUCUCGAACCUUGCGAUGGCCCAUAUCGAAACCCAUGGUUUCUUGUCGGCAAGAAACAAACUGGCAAAUAUCGAAUGGUCAAUGCAGCUAUGUUAAUCAACAAAGUGACCAAGCGAGAUGCCAACAUGCCCCCGAUAGCAGAUGAAUUUGCAGAGGAAUUUGCAGGAAUGGCAAUAGCAUCUUUGGUUGACCUCUUCUCUGGGUAUGACCAGAUAGAGUUACACAAGGAUGACCGAGAUAUGACGGCUAUUCAAACUCCCCUUGGCCUACUUCGUCAAACUACAAUUCUCCAAGGCGCAGCGAAUUCAGUUGCGCAGUUUCAACGAGUGAUCUCUGUCAUUUUGCAUAGCAUUUUCGGCACAAAGGCGCGUUCAUUUCUUGACGAUGUUGCGGUUAAGGGCCCACGAACAACGUACAAUGAAGAGUUUAUGGAAGAAGGGAUUCGCCAAUAUGUCCUUGAGCACAUUCAGAAUCUCGAUGAAGCGCUGUAUCUUCUGGAAUUGGCCGGAGCGGUUAUCUCGGCCGAAAAGUCUCAGUUCAUGAUGAAAGGAAUCGAAGUCGUUGGAUGGGUUUGUGACAUUAACGGCCGGAGACCUAAUGAAGCGAAAGUAGCAAAGGUUGCACAGUGGCCUACUCCGCUAUCCAAGGAUGAACUCCGCUCGUUUGUUGGUCUCGCCGUCUACUUCCGCAUCCUGAUUGAGAAAUUCCAGAUCAUUAUGAAGCCUCUCUAUGAGAUACUACGCAAGAAUGCCCAUUUUGUGUGGAUGGAGGCACAUCAGGUGGCUUUUAAGGAGAUAAAGCUACGUCUUUCAGAAUUUCCCUCAGUGCUGCCUAUCGAUUAUGACUUUCAUCCUUUCCUUAUGAUUGUUGCUGCAGAUGCUUCUAUAAAAGGAUGGGGCGGAGUACUCAUGCAGGUUCGAAAUGGUGUCCGUAAGCCGGCACGAUAUGAAUCAGGCGUUUGGUCAGAUGCUGAAUCAAAAUAUGAUGCGGGAAAAUUGGAAUGCCGUGCCGUUUUGAAGGCAUUCAAGAAGUUCCGCCAUUGGCUGUACGGAGUGCACUUUGUCUUGGAAACCGAUGCCAAUACGUUGGUUGCACAAUUGAACCGUACGGCAACAGACCUCCCUGGCGCCCUGGUCACUCGCUGGAUAGCGUGGAUUCAGCUUUUCGAUUUCGAUGUGAAACAUGUUCCUGGCACUAGUAAUGGUGCUGCGGAUGCUUUGUCCCGUCGUCCACCAACUAAGGAGGAUCUGCGUGAAAGGGACCAAGAACAGAAUAUUGAUGACUUUGUUGAUGCAGAAGUCCUGCAUCUUCACGCCAGCUGUUGUCCUGUUACUAUUCAUGUCGAGAAUCCUGGUAAUCCUGAUGCCAAUGUACUGCACGAAGGAUACUCGGCCGAAUCUGAGCAAAUUGCAAGAUACCUGACCAGUCUUCACAGGCCGGAUCGUAUGGGUUUGUCGGAAUUCUAUUCAUUCAAGAGAAAGUGUAUGAAGUUUGUUGUCCAAGAGCGUCAUUUGUUCCGACGUGUCAAGGGUAAUACCGAAUUGCUCCGCAGGGUUCUGGACCAAGAGAAAGACCAGCAAUAUGCGUUGAAAAGCACCCAUGAUGAUCUUGGUCAUAAAGGACGAGAGGCAACAUAUGCUUUGAUCAAGCAUCGAUAUUGGUGGUCUCGUGCAUACGAGGAUGCAGCAAAAUAUGUCAAAACCUGUUCACUAUGCCAGGCAAGAGCUCCAAAUCGUCUUCGUGAACCUGCCAUUGUCACACAACCGCUGUUGCUUUUUGACAAAUGGUACAUUGAUACAACUCGAAUGCCCCCAGAGGAUGGUGAAGGUGUUGUCAUUCAGGCGAGAGAUUCUGUCAGCGGGUGGCCAGAGGCAAGAGUGUUGCAUUCUGCAAGAUCAGAGAGCGUUAUUCAAUUCAUCAAAGAAGACAUCAUUAGCCGUCAUGGAGUUCCCCGGGAGAUAGUGAUCGACAUGGGACCUGAAAAUCGUGGAGGUUUGACAGCCUUUCUAGAACGUGAACAAAUAUCGAGAGUCAAAAUCUCCGCAUACCAUCCAGGUUCUAAUGGUCCUGUGGAGCGUGCGAUGCGAACAAUGAAAGACGCACUCUCAAAGAUAACAGAAGGUUACCCGAUUGACAAUGCGACUCGGCAACACAGGAGACCAUGGAGACCACAUUUCUAUUCUGUUUUGAUGGCGGAUCGUUUUACUGUCAACGCAACUACUGGGAUGAGCCCGUUCUUCUUUCUUUAUGGGAAGAAUCCAAUUAUACCGAUUGAAUUACAAAUGCCUACCUGGAGCAUGCUGCCAUGGCAUGAGGUGCAAGAUCGAAAGGAUUUGCUAGCAAUGAGAGCGCGCCAAUUCGAGAAGCGCGACCAGGAUAUCGAGGAAGCAAUUCUCCGCAUGCGUCGCCUGAAAGAAGCAAAUGCGCACUUCUUCGACGAACAUCAUCUGCUUCGGUAUGAGCGAUUCGAAAAGGAUGAUCUUGUUCUCCUACACAAUUCCAUUCGCGGAAUGGACCACAGUUCGAAAACGAAACUGCAGUUCCGUUGGCUGGGACCUUAUCGUAUUCAUGCAGUCAAGAGCAGUUCGUAUUUGCUAAGUGAACUGGAUGGCACAGUGCUGCAAGACCUGACUCAUCAACCGGAGUCAUUCAAUGGCGAUCGACUGAAGAAGUUUUAUUCUCGACAUGACCUGAACGGCCAUGAAGGAUCCUCAUCCUUGCCACGGCGUAACCCUAUCGGACGUCCAAGAGGUCAAAGAAGUCGCGGUAGUGGCCGAGGACGACAGCAGCAUGAAGAACAGGUCGAAACGUCGCGUGUACAAUUGCCACGACGGCGAGGAAGGCCAUCGCUGAGAAGAACAGGAAGAUAG